CCGCAGUCUCUGGUCAUCUCCUGUACUGUGUCCGCAGUCUCUGGUCAUCUCCUGUACUGUGUCCGCAGUCUCUGGUCAUCUCCUGUACUGUGUCCGCAGUCUCUGGUCAUCUCCUGUACUGUGUCCGCAGUCUCUGGUCAUCUCCUGUACUGUGUCCGCAGUCUCUGGUCAUCUCCUGUACUGUGUCCGCAGUCUCUGGUCAUCUCCUGUACUGUGUCCGCAGUCUCUGGUCAUCUCCUGUACUAUGUCCACAGUCUCUGGUCAUUUCCUGUACUAGAGCGAAAAAUACGUUUUUUGUUCAUUCAUACUAGU